AUGGCAGAAAUGAUGGAUUGUGCAACGAUUUUGGAACGAGCAACACCAAAUUCUCUUAUAUUAAUAGAUGAACUUGGACGAGGUACAAGUACUUAUGAUGGUUUUGGAUUGGCAUGGGCAAUUUCUGAAGACAUAAUUUGUCGUUUAAAUUGCUUUACUUUAUUUGCAACUCAUUUUCACGAAAUCUCAAAAUUGGAAAAACGCUAUCCUGAAAAAGUAAAAAAUUGUAGAAUGGACACAUUUGUUGAGGAUGGAAAAUUGGUUAUUUUAUUUCAAGUAAUGCAAGGAGUUGCACAAAAAUCGUUUGGAUUAAGUAUUGCUCAAAUUGUUGGUUUUUCGAAAGAAAUUUUGGAUGAUGCGGAAAAUAUAUUAAUUGAAUUGGAAGGGAAAUGUAUAACAGAGAAUUCUGAAGGGUAA